GAUGUUAAAAUAACUCAAUUAACGGAAGCAUUUGAAAACCUCAAAUUACGCCAUGUAAUGCAAUGUUCAUCAAACAAAUUAGAAGAAUUUGUGAAUAAUCAAGAAUAUCAACCUAUGAGGAAGGUUGAUAAAGAAAAGAAAUCAAUCAUUGAAGAUUGUCUAAGAAUUGAAAUUAAUUCAGAUCAUGAAGUAUUAGAUAUAAGGGCCUUGGGAAAACGAUGCUAUGUUGAGGUGGGGGAUAGUCUCAAUAAAAAAGGAAAAACAGUUAAUCAAAAUAACACCAUA